AUGGCCCAACACGGCUUCACCCAGUUCGGGUCUGGCCCGAAUGGUGGCCACAUUGACCCCAACGACUUGGCCAUGUCGGGCGGAUACUCCCCGUCCUUUGCCAACAAUAACUUCAACACAAACUCCAACACAAACGGCUUCUCGAGUGGCUCUGCCGUCUUCGGCGAUGAUGAGCUGCUGGAUGGCCUCCCUUCAGAUGGACAGUCCGGCCUCCAUGGCCAGGGCCAAGACUUUCACGGCAUGAACAUGGGUUACCAGAACACUUUUCAGUCACACCGCGGUUCUAGUAUCCAAAUCGACCCAUCUCAGAUCAACGGCUACUCCAGUACCCCAGAUGGUGAUCCCAUCCAGAGCCCAUAUGCUUACAACGCACACUACCGCGCUCUCGGCAACCCUCUACAGUCACCAUUGUCCUACUCGCAAUCUCCCCUGGCUGCCGCCGAUAUGGCAGACGGAAAUGAUCCCAACUUCCUGAAUGCCAAGGCGAGGGCCCGUAUGUCCCAGCAGAUGCAGAGGAAAGCCUCCAACACCAGGAGCCCAAUGACCCCCAAGACCAACAGCAUGCACAGCAUCCCUAUCGGCCAGGACUCGCCUGGAUUUGGCCCUCAGUCUCUCCGAACGGACAAGUCGCCACCUGGCCAUUGGCUUAACACGCCCAACGGAAGCAUCCCAGCGUCUUUCAAUUCUGGCUUUUCAUCCCCCAUGCAACCAGGCAUGGUGCAAAUCAACGAGGUCAUGAUGAAGGGAGGCACCUCUAUGCCUGCCAAGCUUGGCGUGGGAAAUGCCAUGUCUACCCAAGAGAUGAAGCGGAAGCGCCGUCGCGAGUCUCACAAUCUCGUUGAGCGCCGCCGCCGUGACAACAUCAACGAGAGAAUCCAGGACCUGAGCAGACUCGUUCCCACGCACAGAUUGGAAGAUGAGAAGAUUCGCAAGCUGAUUUCUAAUGGUACGCCAUUGUCGCCCACCCUUACUGGUGUUUCAAACGCCACCUCUGGGCUAGCUGGGCCUGGUGCCCGGAGAGCUGCAGGCGCUGGUGCUGGAAACAUUACAACUGGCCUGCCGAUUGAAGACAAAGACAAAGGCCCCAAUAAAGGUGAUAUUCUCAACGGCGCUGUCAGCUGGACGCGGGAUCUGAUGUGGAUGCUGCACCUUAAGCUACAGCAGCAGGAGGAACUGAUAAACACCAUUGCCGAAUUGGGCGGCGCGAUACCCUUUGAGCAAACCGAUGAUGAGCGCCGUAUGCAGUCUGAGCUCAUGGAUGCCAUAUCCAGAAACGACUCAGGAUCGUUCACCUACACACGCACCUCUGGUUCAGGCCUUCGCGUGCCUCACCAUACCGACUACCGUGGCGAGCCCACCAACGGCAUGAGCGCCAACCUUGACUCUGUUGGCAUCACUCCCGAAGGAAGUGGUAAUGGUGGACUACCUGGCGAUAUUGGAGAUGCCGCGCAAUUCUGGCAUGACCCAGAUGAUGAUCCCAAUGCCCCCCUCAACUUUAAGGAAGAGGAUGAAUAUGAUAUGGAUCUCACCCAGUAAUUCCUCUACUGGUGUUUUCCCAUGAUAAUAUUCAUGUUGAAGAUUUUCAUUCCUUGGUCGAGCUUACAUCUCUCUGCCUAUCCGCACAUCUCUUUAUCCUUGUCCUCCUUCCUUCUAUUUUCUGCUGUUCAUCAAUCUGGGCUUUUUUUUCUUUUACUCUUUUCUAUCUGUGUGUUUUCGCAUCUUUUGGCGCUCCAUCUGCAGAUGUUUUGCUAGUGAUCUAGCAGUAAGCAUCUUGGAGAGGAAAUCUGUGUGGCUCUGACAUACCAAGAGGAUCAUGUCCGAGUGCCCGUACUGGCGGCGUUUAGGUGUCAGCUAUUACAUCGGCAGGGGCUCGUCUUUUUGAGUGAUAGGGUGCAUGCUACAGGCAACGGCAUUUGGCAUGGCUUUUAAAUAGGAUGGAUUAUGUUUUCAUUUCGUCUUUUUUCUUCUCUGCUCUUCUGCUUAUUUCAUAUACUACUGCAUUACAGCACAAAGAGACUGUGCGUCUCUCUUGCGUGCUUCCCCCGUUUCUCUCUCUCUCACACACACAAACUCUCCAUGCCUUUCUCUGGCUUGGUCUCUUUCCCCCUUGUUUUCCUUUUACAGCUGUCAAGCGCUCUAUUGGUACUACAACCCGUUAUGAGAUAUGCAUUUGUUGGUUUGCUUAGGCAGGGACAAUACAGAGGGCUCUCAUAGUGUGGGAUGCCCUACGACCGGUAUGGUUUUUCUUUUUCUUUUUCUUUGUUUUUCCUUUAUUAGGUAUCAGUCCUGGCAGGCGCGGCUUUGGCCUCUCUGUGGGAUAAUGGGAUUUCGUUAUCACUGCUGAUACACAGCUAUUUUCUUUGCUCUUGUUAUUUUUCGAUUUUUGUGUUGGGCUCUCUGGAGGAUUACACUUUAUAUCCGUGUACUUAAUUUUAACCUAUCAACAUCUCUUAUAUCCUCCGGUUCCUUUACUUUUUAUACUACUUCAGAUACCACUUAUGACCAAUAAACGGCUGAGAUGCGUCUUUGCUAUU